UUUAUUUCUUAUCACUCAGAAGGUCUUUAAGUCGUGCAGCUCUCUGCUUUUUCAUUGAAAAAACUGUGCGUUUCAUAAACAUUCACCACAAAAUGCUAGCCGGCGGACACGGUGAUCCAAAUCCGAACGCUUCCUGGCUCGAUUCGCGGGGUUUGUGGCUAGCGUACGUGCUGGGUAUGGUUAGUUUUCACAUUAUCCUGUUGGCGAUACCGUUCCUGCAGAUUCCUUACGCCUGGACGAUUACGAAUGUCUCGCACAAUUUGGCACACUUGUACUUUUUACAUUCCAUCAAAGGGGCACCGUGGAUGAGCAUCGAGUGCGGCGAAAACCGGAAGUACACCCAUUGGGAGCAAAUCGACUACGGAGAACAAUUUACGACGACCAAAAAGUUCCUUACCGCCGCACCCAUUGUGCUCUUUCUUCUGACGUGCCUCUACACACGCAACGAUGUGGAUCAUUUCAUAGUCAACUUUAUCUCACUGGUUACGGUGCUUGUUCCGAAACUACCGCAAUUUCAUGGCGUACGAUUGUUCGGCAUCAACAAAUAUUGAAAUGACUUCACACCUACGAGAUGAUAAGAAUGAAAACUCUUUCUAGAAGAAAACUCAAAUAAGAAAUAGGUGGAGAAUUGAACUCAUGCUUGAAUGUAACCUUCAGACUUAAAACAACUGGUUAUUCUCGUUUUUGAUCUUUGUCCAUUGUAAAGUGUAUGGCAUAACUAUUUUGUAUUUAAUGAAUAGCACUGCAAAAGUGGUAAUCACGUGAAAUGGAUUUGAAUAUCUUAGAAUAAACGGGCAUGGCUCGUUAGAUUAAGUGAUAGCAUGAGUGUUUAUAUUUAACUGUACGAAUUUUAUGAGUGUAUUGUGUACUGUAAUAAACGUGACGACCAUAAUAUUUUCUCGGAUCUUUAUUCGAGUGUUUCCU